AUGAGUAAAUUGGAAACCGUUCAGUGCCUUAAAGGUCACGAAGGUAGAGUUUGGAACGUUGCUUGGCAUCCGAAAGGAAAUUUAUUAGCUAGUUGCGGCGAGGAUAAAACAAUAUGUAUUUGGUCAAAAGAUGCAUUGGGAAAAUGGCAAAAUAAAACAAAAUUAACUGAAGGACAUUCGCGAACGAUUAGAGAAAUCGGUUGGUCACCUUGUGGAAAUUACAUAGCUUCGGCUAGUUUCGAUGCAACAAUCGGAAUAUGGGAUAAAAAAAGUGGCGAAUGGGAAUGUAAUGCAACGCUGGAAGGACAUGAAAAUGAAGUUAAAUCCAUCGCUUGGGCUAAUAAUGGUCAACUUUUGGCAAGCUGUAGCAGGGAUAAAUCAGUGUGGGUGUGGGAAAUAGCUGAUGAAGACGAGUAUGAAUGUGCUGCCGUACUUAAUGCUCACACUCAAGAUGUUAAAAAGGUAAAAUGGCAUCCCACACAAGAUAUACUCGCUUCUGUUAGCUAUGAUAAUUCAAUAAAACUAUUUAAAGAAGAUUUGACUGAUCACGAUUGGACUUGUUCAACUACUUUAACAUCUCAUGACUCGACAGUUUGGAGUUUAGCAUUUAAUAAAAACGGUUCGAAAUUUGCCACAGUGUCAGAUGAUAAAACUCUUAAAAUAUGGAAAGAAUUUAAUUGUAACGAUCCGGAAAAAAAUAAAGGAGAUUCAAAUGAAUCUGCAUGGAAAAACAUUUGCACACUUUCAGGUUACCAUUCUAGAGCAAUAUACGAUGUGUCUUGGUGUCAUUUAAGUGAUUUAAUUGUGACAGGGUGUGGAGAUGACGCCAUUAGAAUAUUUAAAGAAUCAGAUUAUAUAAAUAAAAAUGAACCCUCUUACGAAAUGAUUUGCGUGUGUGAAAAAGCACACAAUCAAGAUGUCAACUCGGUUUCGUGGAAUCCCGUAAUUCAAGGUUUAUUAGCGUCUUGUAGUGAUGAUGGAACCGUUAAAUUAUGGCAGUUUAAAGAAUUGUAG